AUGAGGGUUUGCGUGGAUUAUAGAGACCUUAAUAUGGUUACGCCCAAAGACGUCUACCCCAUGCCAGUGGCGAAUAUGUUGGUGGACGCAGAAGUAAGACACGAGUUGUUGUCCUUCAUUGACGGAAUUGCAGGGAAGCGAGGGGAUCAUAUCACAGAUCUCAGAAAGGUCUUCAAGCGCAUGCGGCUACACAAGCUCAAGAUGAACCCCGCUAAGUGCGUCUUUGGGGUUCAGGGACAAAAUGAGUUUGUGUGGGAACCUAAACAUCAAGAGGCUUUCGACGCAAUCAAGGCUCAUCUGGCGAGCCUGCUAGUGCUCGUUCCUCCCAGAGCUGGAUUUCUAUUAAAGUUCUAUAUUUCAGCAGCUGAGGCUUCCAUUGGCAGCCUACUCGCUCAAGACAAUGAAGAGGGCGUAGAUAUUGCUCAAACCGAUCUAGUCAAGUAUAUGCUAUUGCGCCCUAUUCUUAGAGGUCGUAUUGGCAAGUGGGUACUUGCCUUGUCAGAAUUUCCACUGCAAUACGUUUCCCAAAAGGUAGUAAAAGGGCAGGCCAUUGCAGAUUUUCUGGCACACCACCCUAUGCUGGACGUCCCCCCGGUGAGAGAUUUAGAGGUCGCCACUGAAACUUUAGAUUGCCUAGACUUGGCGUGCUUACCGGAGUAUGCCUCGCUAUAUCAAGCCACUGUCUCGCUACAACCCUGGGUACUAUAUUUCGAUGGUUCGUGCACGGAUACGCUAGCAGGGGCAGGGGUUGUUCUGGAAAACCCAGCUGGCGAUCAUUUUUCAUACUCUUUCCAGUUGAAGUUCUGGUGUACUAAUAACCAGGUAGAAUAUGAGGCCCUCAUCAUUGGCCUAGAAGUGUUACUGGAGCUAGGUGUCAGAGACAUCCAAGUAUGCGGCAUUACCUUGAAAUAUGGGGUUCGCGAGCAAAUUCUCAAGGUUGAGCGACGCACGCUGCCUUCCUGGCUUGCGCGACCUGACCCAUCUGAUGACGCAACGGUGGCUGUCUUAGAUCCUAUUGACGUGGAUUGGCGUAUACCUUUGAUUGCUUACAUCAAGCAGCCAGAUCCCACUGUAGACAGGAAGAUCUGUUUUCUUGCACUAAAUUACUUCCUCCAAGGUGACGAACUGCGACGACGUGGUGAGGACGGUAUAGACUUCCGAUGUGUGUAUGGCCACGAAGCAAAGCGAUUAAUGCGAGAGGCACAUGCCGGCGUGUGUGGUGCCCAUCAAGCGGGUCCAAAGAUGCGUUGGCUAAUCCAAAGGCAUGGGUAUUUUUGGCCUAGUAUUUUGAAGGACUGUAUCGCAUUCUUGAAAGGAUGCCAAAAUUGCCAGGCACAUGGACCAGUCCAGCACGUUCCUAAUAUCCCCAUGCAGCGUAUUAUUAAACCUUGUCCUGCGCGUGGCUGGGCGUUGGACUUGAUUGGAAUGAUUCAUCCUCAUUCUUCUCUCCAGCACAAGUUCAUCAUCGUAGCUACUGACUUCUUCACGAAGUGGGUAGAGGCUGAACCUUUGAAGAAGGCCUCCGACGCCACCAUUCGCCAGUUUAUCUUUCACAAUAUUGUUUGCAGGUUUGGCAUCCCUGAGGUGUUGGUGUUCGACAGGGGGGCAACCUUCAUGGGAGGUACCGUAGAGAAGCUCAUCGAUGAAUUGGGCAUCCAAUUUAUCCAUAGCACACCAUAUUACUCUCAAUUCAACGGUCAAACGGAGGCCAGUAACAAGAUUAUCAUCACCUUAUUGAAGAAGAUGCUUGUCGCGAACCCUUGCCAGUGGCACGAAGCACUGUAUGAGACACUACAGGCCUAUCGCACUUCCAAGCGGAACCCUACUGCCACCAUGCCCUAUGCUUUAAUGUUUGGUCAUGACGCAGUUCUACCAUUGGAGCUCAAUGUUCAGUCCUUCCGCGUGUAG